CAGUUGAAUCUAAUCUGCUCUUGGGUUGGACUAAAGAUCCUCUGUUUUCAAAAGAACAUCUUGGAUUGGACGUUUGAUACAUUUCCUGGUUUUCUAGAAAAAAACACUUCGUGAAACCUUAGAUAACGUAAUACCUUCGCCGGUGCACUGACCAGGUAUCCAGAAUCCCUCCACUGCAGCAGCAAAGAAACAAGCUGAAAGAAUGAGAGUAGCCGGGUUUGUAAAGCUUUCUGUGGUGGUUGUAGGAUUUGUAUUGGCGUUUUAUGUUGCUUCUCAAGUUUUUGAAUUCAAAAUGGAUGCCAGUUUAGGAAAUAUGUUUGCAAGGUCAGCUGUGACUCAUUCACCUUCUACAAAACCUCCGAGGUAUAAAUGUGGACUUUCAAAACCCUGUCCGGAGAAGCAUUUUGCAUUCAAAAUAACAAGUGGAGCAGCAAGUGUUGUUGGGCCAAAGAUGUGCUUGGAAGAUAAUAUGUUGAUGAGUGGUGUUAAGAACAAUGUUGGAAGAGGGUUGAAUUUAGCUUUAGUAAAUGGUAAAACUGGAGAAUUAAUGGAUACAAAGUUUUAUGACAUGUGGGGGGGAGACGUGAAGCCUUUAAUUGAGUUUCUCAAGACCAUCCAGGAUGGGACAGUUGUAUUAAUUGCCUCCUUUGAUGAUAGUGCAUCUAAACUUAAUGAUGAAGCACGGAAACUAUUCGGUGAAUUGGGAAGUACAAGUGCUGCAACCCUAGGCUUUCGGGAUAACUGGAUUUUUGUUGGAGGAAAAGGAAUUAAAACAAAGAGCCCAUUUGAACAGCACAUCAAGAACAACAAGGAUACCAAUAAAUAUGAAGGCUGGCCUGAGGUCUUGGAAAUGGAAGGAUGCAUUCCCCAGAAAUCUGAUUAAAGUCUCUUUUUUUGUUGUAUAUUUAUAUAGACUGGGUAUUGGUUUAGGUAUUCUUAAUUCUAGCAGCAAUCUUUACUGCAAGGGUUUUAACCAAACGCAUGAACGUUGCUGUGACAAUUCUGAGCGUUUUCUAUGUAGGACCAGAAAUAAUCAAGACCUUAAUCCAAUCCGACUGCAUGUCUUUGUAUCUAACUUUUUAUUUGUGUUUUUGUUUUUAUUUUAAUUCUCUUUUUAUAUCUCCUCUUUUAAUCUGUGACCAAAAAUGAUAAACUUUGUGAAAGUGUGUAGCAAUCUUACUUUAGCUAAUUUUUUUGUUUUAAAUAAAAUAUACAACUUUAAAGCAAUGUAUCAAUGUAACAACUAUAGAUAUAAGGGGGCUGUAACACAUACAGGUAAAGCACCAAGCUAGGAAUUGGCCAGACAGUGUGAUUAAUUAGCUGCUACUGUACCUGUGUUCCUCUGGCAAAACCGGUGAAGACUUAUCUGCUAUAUAGCAAUUCAGCAGCAAUAAAAAAAGAGUAGGGGGCCCAAAUGAUUAAAGCUUGUGUGCAUUGGGGUGGGGGUUCUGAUGUAAACAUUUCACAAUGUUUAUCAGAUAUGUUAAAGAUGGAGCAAAAUUAACACCCUUAAUAUGUUCCCUCUUCCAUCUUCUAUUUGUUAUACUGUGCGUGUGUGUUUGUAUUGUUUAACAGCUUAGGACAAUCAUGGUAGCCCAAUCUCUGUUAAAUACUUUAAAUUGUUUGUUGUAUUUCCCUCAGUGACAUCCACUGAUACUCCACUGGGAAAGGAAUAAGUCUCUUCUUGCACGGCACUUGCAUUAGACACCUGCAAGUUGAUUGUCUGAUUUAGGCUUGUAUUGGGGAAAACAUGCAAGGGAUUAAACUGCAUUUCUUGAGGUGCUGCAAGGGAAGGAAGACCCCUAAAAGCACAUUAUUGCGACAUGUUUUUGGCAGCACUAUUCAUGAAACUUACUUUAUAUGUUUUCCAAAUAUUUAAACUUCUCAUAAUUGUAUUGUUUAUUAAAACAGACAGGGUGUGAAUUAGAGUUUACUGGAAUAAAACCAUGUUAAUAUGCCAUUUUUAAUUUA